AUGCUCCCCCUCGUUCUGCUCGCCUCGGCGCCACUCAUCGUAGCGCAGAGCCCAGUCAAAGACUGGAAUCAGUGCUACUACGCCAAGGACUCUCCCGCCCAUCCCUCGCUCGUUCCGUGCCUCACCGAGAACGAUGACGGCUCGAGGUCUCAGGGUAAGGACUAUGCCUCCAGCUGGUGCUGCUUCGCCGGCGACAACUGCAUCUCCCAGGCCUGCUGGGAUAACACCACCGGCGUGACAUACCAGUAUGGCUGCAAUGACCCGACAUACGAGCACAACAACUGCCCUCCGAAGGGUGGCCUUGAUAUGGGAAAGUCGCCAUGGGUCGGCCUCGUGAGAUGCAACGACACCCACAACGAAGGCUUCGAGAAGUUCUGGGCUUGCAACCACCCCGACACCUGCGGCGACUUCUGCCCUGUGGAGAGCAAUAAGCCUCAAGUCACCCAGACCGUCUGGCCAGAUACCAUUCAAAACCUGCCGCCGCUCGGCUUCUGCACCGACCUCGGCUCGAGAGUGCUCGCGAUGUAUGCUAGAGAGACGCUCAACUCCACAGGCGGCGUACCCAUGACCGUCAACACGUCGGGCAAGCCGAAGCCUACGUACCCGAGCCCGCAGAGCAGCGGCGCUGGACAAACUUCUGUUACGCGUACACAGACAGCGCCCGAUAUGGGCUCCACGGCGACGAGUACGUCUACUCCGACAGCUGAGCCGGAGGCAGCCGCAGCAUUGAGUGGAGGAGCUAUCGCAGGUAUUGCAGUUGGGUCGACGUUGGGGGUCGUCGCGGUUCUGGCCGGCUUCUUCUUCAUGUGGCGCCGCCGCCGGGCCAAGCAACAACAGGACGCUGCCGCCGCCGCCGCUCCAGCUGCUCCUUAUGUUGCCCCUGGGGGCGGUGCCGCCGAGCUUGCGCCCCCCGACGAGAAGCGCAACCUCAUGCAGCCAAACACCCCUUCGACUGUCUCUGACGGCAUGGGUAUUCAGCGACCGGUGUCCGACAUGAGCAUGAGUACCGUGGUUUCAAGCCCAAGUGGCACACCUAGAACGCCAAAUUCACCAUACUAUCCGCAAGGCCAUUACCACGCAGAGCUGCCCGAUGAUCCGAGGGUAAUCCACGAGAUGCCGGCCAUAAAUGAGAGAUCAGAGAUGCCAUGA